CAGCCAACGCAGAUCCCAUUCCUCAUCGCACAAUCAAGAACCACAUCGCCGGCGAUGGCGGCAGCAACUUCGGGAGCCACGGUUAGCACUGCAACAGCGACCAGCAGGUUCGCGGCGGCGUGCGGCGCGCUCAGCCAGUACGUCAAGGCGGCCGAGAGGGCGCACGCGCGGCCGGCCGUGCCCGUAAGGCCCCUCGCCCUCAUGCCGGGCGCCGAGGUCCCCGACGACGACGACGACCAGGGACAGCCCGAGGCGGAGGGGCCCGCGCCGGCGAAGCUGACCAUCGUCUACGGCAAGCGGGUGCUGGUCCUCGACGACGUCCCGGCAGACAAGGCGGCCGGCCUGCUGCGGCUGGCCGCUGCCGUGGCGCGAGGAACGGCGGACCCGAGCGGCUCCAUGCGCGGCGAGCAGCUCUCCGCGGCCGACCUGCCGGUGGCAAGGAAGGCCUCGCUGCAGCGGUUCAUGGAGAAGAGGAAGGGCAGGCUCGCCGCGCGCGGGGAGCCGUAUCCCCAGCCCGCCUCCCGCCGUGACCAUCUCGCGCUGGCGCUGUGAAUCUUGGCACUAGUUAGAGUAUUCUCCAUGUGUGAUGUUCAAGAAAAUAGAGAAAUGUACACAUGAAAAAGCACGUUUCUUGAAUACCGAUGGAAUUCAUCCAAGUGUCUUGAAAAAUUGGAGAAAUUAUACUAUUUCUUUGACGAUA